GAGCAGCAAGCCGCGACCUUGAGCUCCAAUUUCCGGCGAGAAGACGAACGGCGACCCUCAACCUCCGACGUCGAGCCGCGACUCCAACCGGAUCAGCGGCGAGGCGAUCCACCAGGUGCGAGAGCCACCAGUUUGACGGCGAGCCGAGCAGAGGCGACUGACGAGCGCCCAAGCACUGAGAGGAAACCCGGUUUCCCGGAGAGUUCCAGGCGACCAAGAAUUUUCUCCGACGAGGAGAUUUGAGCGCACCCGAGCGCAUCAAUUCCAGAGGAGGAGAGCCGAGCUGAUUUUCGGCGACAGGACGAGCCCUGUUUUCCGACGAGCGCCGCGGCCGGAGAACCACCACUCGUCGGCUGAAGCAGAGCCACUUCCAGGCGACACCGGCGAGAACUCGCGCAGCAUAGGGGAGAGAGAGACUUUGCCGCAGCCGAGCACUGGUACGGCAGCCGAGAAACCGAGACCUCCCAGCCGUCCAGAACCAAACUUAGUCCAUCUGGGAGCAUACGGGGCUGAGCUUCGACCACCCGAGGCUGAAACGAGCGAGCUACGCCGAGAGCUUUUGCUUCAGCCAUUUGAGCCUCGCGUCCAAACUGAGCCAUCCUUUGCCUUUGUUCUUUGGCCCAAAGAGAGAAAGGAGUUUAAGCUUGUCGAAAAUGAUGAAAAGUUAGGAAGAAAUGCAUCCGUGUUGUUAGUUGAGUAUUGCUGCCCUUAUGAACUACUUAAGAGGGUUCAUCUAAUGGGGAAGAAAAAUUCUAUAAAGAUGCCAGAGAGUGAUUGCGAUUUGGGAAUCGACAGUGACAUGCAGGAUGGAAUUAUGCAUGUGGGUAACAACGAGAAUAGCGACCUCGAUAUUCGUGAUGAGUAUUCAGAUUUGGAUGACCAGAAUGAAGAUGAUUAUGAUGAUGAGGAGGAGGAUGAAGAUGGUGCUGUUAAUAAUGAUGACGAUGAGGACGAGCAAAAUGAAGAGGAAGGCUCAUAAAAGGGCCAUGGUGGAGAAAGCGAAGACAAAAAUGUUCUGAAAGGGGAGGAGAUGGAAGAGCUUGAGAAAGAGUAUAGAGAGCUUAGAAAUAGGGAGCAAAAUUUGUGGAAGAAUUUGAAGUGCCAUAAGGAUGAGGAUCUUCAAAAAGGUCAAGCUGUGAAAAACCAAAGGGCUCUCUGGGACAAGACACUGGAAUUCAGAUUCUUGGUGCAAAAACCUUUUUCAAGUUGCAACAGACUUCCACAGGAACCAGUGAGGACUUUAUUCUGUGGCAUGGAUAGUGAUGCCAGUGAAGCAUAUUCAGAUUUGAUUGAUUCCUCAAAGAAGACCUUGGAUUCUAUACUGGAAUUACAACAGGCAUUGGAGGCAAACAAUCCAGCAAUUACUCAAUGUGGAGAAGGUAACUCUUUGAGAGAUUCCAAACAAUUAGGUGCUUCCGGUGACUCAAAUGGGGAUAUUGAUGAAGAGUGGCUGAAGAUUUCUCAAAUGCAAUCAAGAAUGGGCACUUUUAGAAACAAAUCAAUUGAUAAAUGGCAGAGGAAGACCCAGGUGACAACUGGUGCAGCUGCCAUCAAAGACAAAUUGCAUGUCUUUAAUCAGAGUAUAAGUGAACAAGUUGCUGCAUAUGUGCGAGAUCCUAGUAAAAUGAUUAAAGGGAUGCAGCAGAAUAGAGCAGCUGUUGCUGUAUUUGGAAAUCAGGCUCCAGAAUCUACAGAGAAUAUGAAACAAUAGGAAUCUUAUGUGAGUGGUGACCCUGAACUUUUGGAUGACUCGGAAUUUUACCAGCAGCUACUGAAAGAGUUCUUUGAGACAAUCGACCCUUCAUCAUCUGAAGCGGCAUUCUAUGCUCUGAAAAGAUUGCAAACUAAGAAGAGAAAAAUCGUUGACCGUCGUGCUUCAAAGAGUCGCAAGAUCAGGUAUCAGGUGCAUGAAAAGAUUGUCAAUUUCAUGGCCCCUCAGCCCAUGAACCUCCCACCUAUGGCCCCUAAAUUAUUCGAAAACUUGUUUGGGCUUAGAAACCUGAAACCUGCAUCAGGGGCAUAACCAACUAUUUCUACGUCUUGUACUCAUGGAUUUUGCUGUAAUCAGACAACUUCAAAGACAUAUAUGCCACCAAAUGGAGCGCGACUUGUUGCAACAUUUACUUAAAACAGUAUACAACAUCACCACCCAUUGGCAACUGCGCAUAUUUUGAGGGGAUCAUUUCGUGUUCUUUGUUGGCCAUACAUUAUUUAGAAAGCUUAAGAUUUUGCCCUUCCAUUACACUUGCUUUUGAAAUUCGUAACAUUUUGUUGUAUUUAACAAACUUGUGCUUUUCUAGUUGAAUGAAUCUUUCCAAACUAUUUUUUGGCUUUGCAGACUUAUAUUGUGGUACUAACCGCCACUCAAAGUGUAAAUAAUUGGUAUAUUGAGAUCACAAAAGCUGGGGAUUUGAGUUGGAGCCCACUUGCUAAGACCUGCAAAAUA